AAAAAAAAAAAACACCCAAAACCUAACCUAGCAGUAAACCCAAUCGAGUUCCCUCCUUAGCUGAAAAUUUGGGUCAACUCUCUCUCUCGGCCUCCCUCCGACUCACCAUCGCUCUCACCCUCAAUCACCAUCGCUUUCGGCCUCCCUCCGACCCUCCGACUCACCAUUGCUCUCUCCCUCAAUCACCAUCGCUCUCGGCCUCCCUCCGACUCAUCAUCGCUCUUACCCUCAAAUUAGUUGGUUUGAUAACGUUCACUCCUCCAAAUUAGUUGGUUCGGUGAUUGAUCAAAUCUUGAUAGAGUUUGGUUCUUCUUGAUACCGUUACCUCUUCGAUAUUAUCAGAUAAACAGAGGGAUAUGAGAAUUGGGGAAGGAGGAAAAAAAGAAGAAGAAGAAGAAGAAGAAGAAGAAGAAGAAGAGAGAUUAGAAACUCUUACUUGCUUGCUCGAGAGAAAACAAGUGGACUGUAUUUUUUUUAAUCUCCUCAAAUUUUCUGAUUGAAGCUGUUUAUGAGUUUUGUAUUCAAGUGAUUUUUUUCUCAGAAGAUUUGUGUUUUAGGUGUGGGUUAUUUGUUUUCUUGCAUCUGUUUAUGGGUAAUGUUUGAAGUGAAAAAGUAGACUGACGUAACUUUGUGAAUUGAGGAAACUUUGUUUAUGGGUAGUUUGUUCAUUUUGGGUUUGAUUGGCAGAUUCUUUCUCUACUAUAUGUUACCAGAAUUUAGUGGAAGGGCUGAGGAUGUCUGUUUAUAUGCAUGAAUUUCUGUUAGUGUCCUGUCAAUACAGCAAAAGAAAAUGCAACAUUUUUUUUUUUUGAAUUUUGCAUUUAGAAGAAAACUCUGGGUUUAUUGAUUAUUUGAUAGCAGAUAAGAUGGCCUAGGCCCCUCUUCUCUGCUAGGAUUAUGAUUUAGAUUUCUAUGGUUUUCAACUAAUGUUGUGGAUUUUUAACACUGAUAAUGUGAGAGCCCAAGCUCCAGAGGUAUACUAUGUGCUUGUUUUUAGAAGCAAGGUGUGCUCUAAGGGGCUUAAAGUUGAGUGCAAGUGGUAAAAUAUGUUGAAAGGUGGAGUGCCAAAAUCACACCCCUUGAAUAAGUCAUCUCUGUGUCAAUGAACAGAUUGCGAUGAUUUUACCUGAAUUGCACGCUUCCUAAACUUGAAGGAUUUUGAAUGCUCACUUAACUUUGACAGUGACCUUGAUACAUAGUAUAAAGAUUUCUUUUGAGUUGAUUAUUUAUACUAAAUUCCUACAACUAAGCAACUAGUUACCUAGAAGUUCAGAUUGAUAUGCAGUUAGCUACAUUAAGUAGCGAACAGUUUUUCUCACAAGUAGAAUAAUCAUAACUGCAUGAUGAAAUAGUAAAGUAGCAAUGGCAGUUACAGCUUAAAUCCGAGAACUUUAUCCCUUCAACGCCUUUAGUGAUAGGAGGUUGUCAUGUAUUCUUUAUAAAAAUCUUAAAGCAUUUUUGAUAUUGUUUUUCCUUCAAGAAUGUUUGGAGCUUAUUCUUAGUCCUACAGCAUAUUCUCUUGCUCAGUCAAAUUGUUUCUCUUCAUGAUGUGGACUCCUAUUCUAGCAAAAGCCUCAAAUAUAAUCUAGUGGGUUCAAGGGGACACAUGGAGGAAAUGAGGUUUUAUAUUCAACUUAUCAUGAUGCAAAUCAUAUAUCAAAGUAUUAAUAUCAUGUGACAUAUGCUGAAGUUUGAUAAUGAUAACAGUAUUGUUAUAUUAAAAUUUAUGAACUAUGGUAUUUGAUGUUUUUUGUCAUGAUAUGUAUGCAGAGAUUUGUCGUACAAUUAUCUAGAUGGAAGCAUUCCUUCUUGGGUCAAAGAAGAAAAAUUACAGCUGGUUGGCUUGCCUUCAAAGAAACUUUCCUUGCAAUCGUGGCCCUGGAAUCUAUUAUAAUUUUGGGAUUAAUUGUGGAGGACCUGAGAUUACGUCUUCCUCCAAUGGGAGAGUGUAUGAGAAGGAAAAUGAGCCCCUUGGACCAGCUUCAUAUUUUGUGACUGGCACAAGUAGAUGGGGAGUUAGCAAUGUCGGAUAUUUCGCUGGCAGUACCAAUCCUCAGUAUACAAGUUUCUCCUUAUCUCAAUUCACAAAUGCUUUUGAUUCUGUGCUAUUCCAGACUGCAAGGCUCUCUGCUUCAUCAAUUAGAUACUUUGGCUUGGGGCUUGAGAAUGGUAACUACACCGUGAACCUCAAGUUUGCAGAACAUGUCAUUCUGGCUGCUACUACCGGGAAAUUUCUUGGGAGACGUCUUUUUGAUAUUUAUAUCCAGAUAGAUAUAUGGAGUAGAUCCAAAAGUAAUCACCACUCAGUUACCCAAGCUCCAGAGUGGGAGAAAAAAGGGAAAGCAGCAUAUACCCAGCAACAUAUUGAUGAAGUCAGAAACGAGUGGGCAAAAUUUGUUGUUAAAACAUAUAUGUAAGCUUGUGGUUGGUGAUCGACUUAUUUUGGUAACCUUGAUUUUACAAGAUAUAUAGACAAUAUUAUUAUUCCUUGCUAGAUUGAGGUUACUUUGGGUUAGAAUUGCUGGAUUUGAUCAUACCUGGAUAUGGAUAUGUACUUUUGGAAAUGUUUUGGAUUGGCAAUGUAAGAACAGAUGGCAUUGAUAUAUGACAAUGUUAUAUUUUGGAUUUGUUCAGGA